UGGUGCCAUUAAGCUCCACACCGCUCGUACGCAGCUAGCUAUUCAUACACACACUCCCUGGUCUGUCUGUCUCUCUCGCCUGCAGAAAAAUGGCGCCGGUGAAGGUGUUCGGGCCGGCGAUGUCCACCAACGUGGCUCGCGUUCUGGUGUGCCUGGAGGAGGUAGGCGCUGAGUACGAGGUCGUCAACAUCGACUUCCAGGCACAGGAGCACAAGAGCCCCGAGCAUCUCGUCAGAAACCCGUUCGGCCAAAUCCCUGCAUUCCAGGAUGGGGAUCUGCUUCUCUUCGAGUCACGCGCAAUUUCGAAGUACGUGCUCCGCAAAUACAAGACGGACAAAGUCGACCUGCUUCGCGAGGGCAACCUGAAAGAAGCGGCGAUGGUGGACGUCUGGACCGAAGUCGACGCACACACCUACAACCCAGCCCUGUCGCCCAUCGUGUACGAGUGCCUCAUCAACCCGAUGAUGCGCGGCAUCCCGACCAACCAGAAGGUCGUGGACGAGAGCCUGGAGAAGCUGAAGAAGGUGCUCGAGGUCUACGAGGCGCACCUCUCCAAGCACAAGUACCUGGCGGGGGACUUCAUCAGCUUCGCGGACCUCAACCAUUUCCCCUACACCUUCUACUUCAUGGGGACGCCGCACGCCGCCCUGUUUGACUCGUACCCGCACGUCAAGGCGUGGUGGGAGAGGAUCAUGGCGAGGCCGUCCGUGCAGAAGCUCGGCGCCAGCAUGGUUCCACCGAAGGCAUGAUUGUUCCGGAGGAGAUCGAGCUUUUGCAUUGAGCGGGUCGUGUCCACUCGUGUGUGUUGAGUGUUGUGUUGUGCUUUCGUUUGCUUGCCACUUGCUACGAAUAAGGUGAUGAACUUGUGUAUCACAAGGAUUGCACGAUCGUGUAAUUCGGUGGUUUGCUUGCUUGUAUGUAUCGUUGUUCGGAACUCUGAAAAUAAUUAAGUUACUGAAGUCUGAACGCCA